AUGGCGCUCCAGGAGCUGGACGCGGCGCUGUCGGUUCGUCGAGAAGAGAUCUUAAGACAGAGGAGUCUGUUGGAAAAGAUUGAGAUGAAGACCGAGCGACUCAGGAAGCAGUACGCGAAAUUUGAGAAGCAGGUGCAGGAGAAGAGCGCUCUGCUUCGUGAAUGGAUCCAAACCACGAGUGGACAGAGAGGGGGAGAAGCGCCUUCGUCUGCAUCAGAAGCUAGGAUACACAAUAGAGAUCCGAGAGAAUGA